CUUGGGAAUUUCCAAACAGCAGCCUCUUACAAUUCCCCUUCCUCUCUAAUUAUUUUUCCUCCUCCCACCCACGUUCCUCUGCAGUGAUAGAGGGGUCAGUGUUUGAGGAGCCCAGCUUCUCUGUGUCCCAGCAGCAGCAGAAGCCCUGGUCAAAGCAACUGCAGGAGAAUGAGGGACCAGACAGGUCACCUGUGUGGGGGGCCGACCCACACACUCUCCCCUUGGACACCGAGUCAGGAGCUCAGAGGCACGACCAAGAAUGGGACAGCACUGUCAACCGGAUCAUAGAUCGCCUCUCAGACAAGUCCUCCUCAUUGGCUCUGGACCAGGGGCAGGACUCCACUAUCAGCCCAAUGAUUCGCCAGCUCUCAGGUCAAUCAACCUCACUGGACCAAGGGUGGGAUUCGACUUUGAGCAGAAUGAUUGGUGGACCCUCCAAUCAGUCAACCUCUGAAACAGCUGAUUGGUAGGAUGCGACUGGACCAGUCAUCCCAGUGGCUGGAUGAAGGCCAGGAUGAGAGCUGGAUUAUGGGGCCUCUGGUUGGAGAGCUGGAUGAGUCUGCUUCCCAAUGGAGUGGGAGCUCAGGAGCUGAUGGGUCAAACUUCCUAGGCUGGGUGGAUUUGAGAGGCUCGGGCCAGACAGGAGUGUCAUCUGACCGAGAGGGAGCCCCUAAAGCCCAUUCACUGAGCAGCUCCUUUCUCCCUGGACUGGAACCUCUGCCACACUACCAGUGCCUGCAGCGCUCUGGCACCAGCUCCCAGGAAGUAGACAGGACUGGGGCCUCUGACUCCUUCCACCCCCUCCUGGCUGAAGUAACACACAACGAGACAGCUGAACCCUCCAUGACCUUUCACCUUCCAGAAGAGGAAGUGGAGGGGCCAUGUUCCCACGAAGAAGAAAGUGACCAUGAAGCACCUGCAGGGGACCUUAAUCUCUGCAUGCUCAGAGGAGUUUGUGGACAACACUUGGUCUGUCACCUCUGACCCCUCUCCUGAGUGCCUGAGAGGAGGGGAGGAACCACCUCAGCCAUCACCUACCCUGCACGACUCCUUGUACCAGCUGACCACGUCCCAGUGCCUCCCUCAUAACUCUGCUCUGGAUGUAUCCCCAGGGGCAGCAGUGGGGGGUCUGGCAGCAUGUUCCCUCUCAGGCACCUCUCUGUGAAGAUGUCCCCACUUUGGACAAGCCACUUGAAGGCGGGGAUACUGAUAUGGAGAGCACACCAGCACCUCAGACAGUUGACCAAGGAGGUGCUAUUAUUAAGGACCUGGGUGCAGGAGAGCCGGAUGUCCAGCUAUGUUCAGAGUCAAAGAUCAGCCCUCCCAUCUGGGAGAGAAUAAUGGUGGGCAGUGUGAAGGGGAUAAUGAACGAUUCCAUACUGACCCUGGUGAGCCUGACAGACACCACAUUAAAGGACAAUGGACUCGCUGAGGAAGGAGAGAUGGAUGAGGUAUCAGACCAAGAAGGUAUUGUGGAAAAGGAAUCAGAGUGGACAGUGUUGCUAGAGGAGGACGCCAGCCUACAGGAGGAAGAGACAACCCCCUCUCAUGCAGUAAUGCUGCUGGAGUUCCAGUCAUGUCCCAGCGUGAAUCUACAGGAGGCCUUCCAGGAGAAACGCAGAGCCCUGAUCCAGAGGUCUGCCCACAGGGUGGAGGAGAUUCAGGCCAAGACGGCUGAAGCCAAAGCAAACACCAGGGCCCAGUCUGAAACCACUGAGACCAGGGCCAACACAACCACCAGGGCCCAGUCUGACCCAACCACUGUUCAGCCAUCCACUACUAAACCCAGGAGAGAGGGGAGGAGUGCAGAGUCAACCCAUGCAGGAGUGGAUGCCAAGCAGAAAAAGCAACAGCCAAAGCUCCAAACUCCCUUGCCCCCUCCCAUGCUAGCCAAGCUGAAGAAGGUUGGGGAGGUGAGGAUCAGCACUCCUGAGAUGAUGUGUGUGGCUGACAUGCGCCAGAGAACAGAGAGGUUGUACAGCCGACUAGAUGAGGUGAAGCUUCGGAAGGAGGUCAGGAGCAGACAGGAGGCAUAUGCCAAAAACAGGGAGAAGGCCAAAGAGUUUCACACGAAAACCUUACAGAAGCUACGGGCCAAGCAGUCUCCGCAAUGAUACUGAAUAUCAGUUUUAUCUGUUGUCAUGUGUGUUCUGUUUGCACUUAUUUUGUACUUCCAUGUGUUUUUGUACAGUUUAAUCAGUAAUGUAAAAUAUAUUUUUAAAGUGUGUAUAUAAUCUGCGUUCAGUCUAUUCAUCACAAUUUACUACUGUGUUCACACAACAAAAGCAGCUAGUGCACUAUUGCACCUUGAAUACUGUAGGUACACACAUUGCAUUAUGAGAAUGUUAUGUUGCCUGUAUUUUUAUAGCCAAUAAAGUUGUUUGUUGCAAUCUUGAA